CUUAUUAAUAUUUUGAUUAAAAUAUAUAAAUUUCGAGUAUUAAAAUAGACACAAUUUUAAAAUUUUAUGUAUUAAUAUUAACAAAUAAUAAUUAAGAUAUUAAAUUGGACGGCAUAAAGUUUAUGUAUCAAAAAACUUAAGAAACUUGAAGCUCAUACAUUUCAUCAUAAAUGAUCUGCUUGUCCCGAAAUGAUCCGACCAAAUAGGAAAAUCCCAAUUCAUUAGGCCUUUCGAUAAUUUAGUUUUUAAUAGAAUUUUCUCAUUAUUUUAUAUCUAUCAAUUCAGAAGCAUAUUAAAUAACAGAAAUUCAUUAAAAAAUUAUUUUUAGUGAUCAAUAAAUAUAUAUAACUCAACAUAAAUAACAUUUAUUAAAUUAAAAAAUAUAUAUUCUUAUGUUGAUUUAGGAAAGCUCAAAAGUCAGAUUAAAAAAAAACAGAUGUCCAAAUCUAAUCCAAAGCAAAGAAAAUACAUUGGUCUCUCCGAUAUUCAAAUUAUAAAAAAGGAAAAAAAUCCAAACCUAAAAUGGAGGGAAAUGGCUACGAUAUAAUAAUAAUAUGGAAUAAUAUUAGGAAAUGACAGACUUGACCCUCACAGAUCGUCAUUACCCGGAAAAAAAUUAAUUUGUCUCGAUACGGGCAUGUGCUUUUAGAGUAAUGCCCCCCCAAAAUGUAUAUUAAAACCUCUUUGGUCUUGUCUCCACCACUUUCACAUCAAAACUAAACCCUUGUUUCACUCUCUCUUUGUGUCUCUUCCUUCGUUUUGCCCCUCUAUCGAUUCCACAAUGCUAAACUCCGGCGAUUCUAUGAAGCGGAGUCGUUGAUUUCCCGGCGUCUCUCUCGAUUUUUCCGUUAUAUUCAUUCGUUUCUCCGUCCGAUCCAGCCACGCUUUUUCUGUCGUAACAUCAAAAUUUCCCAGGAUCUCUCUGUUAAUCUCUGCUGCGAAGAGAAGACAACAUUAUGCCGGAGGAGCGUAACGGAUCCAAAGAAGAGGGCUUUCAGUUACAGGGGUGUUCCAGCGAACCUGGUCUAGAGGCUGAGAGUGUAACCGAGAUGAACAACAAGAAAACGGUUAAGCCGAUUGAUCGCGAGGUCAAUAACAUUACCCGGAAGGUUCUUCGCUCAGGUUCUGUGGCAAUUGAUACGGACAAACAUGAUGUGGCUGUGGAAGAGAAGGGAGAUGAUCUAAGUGAGGUCGAUGAGGUGAAAGAAGAGAAGGCUCUUCUAUCUGUGGCAAAUGAUACAGAACAUGAUGUGGCUGUGGAAGAGGAAAUAAAGGGAGAUGUAAGUGAGGUUGACAAAAUUAGCUGUGAGGUGAAAGAAGAGGCGAACAGUGAGCUUGUGGAAUCUCCUGUGCCUAAGGAGACUCAUGGAAAAGAAGCUCAAGUUAAACGCAAAAGAGGACGGCCUCGGAAGCUGCAGAUCAGCAGCCAGUCUGAUGGUAAUGAGGAGAAGACAAAAGUAAGUCUGGCUGAAGAGCUAAAAGUCAAACGUAAGCGGGGAAGGCCUAGAAAGUUUCCCAUCACAGGUGGUCAAUCUGACACUACUACUCCAGAUACGGUUGACUCUAUUGAUGAUUCCAGUAGACCAAAGCGUAACUGUGGAAGCAGGGCUAAGGGACCUGAGUCUGACGGCAGGGGAAGGAAGAUGGGACAUAAGCGUGGAAGACCAAAGACGAAGAAGAAACCUGGGGAGACUGAUGAAUUAGAUUGUAAAGCAACGAUGAGACUACGGCCUUGUGAGAGUUCCUUAAAGUCACGGCACAACAGCAAACCUUCAAGUGAUGGCGAAAUGAGGAUUGGAGAAGAGAAAAUUGAUGAUGGAAGACGAUCUAAAUUACAAUCUAAGAAAAAGCUGAGUGACCGCAUACUUCAGCUACUUCUAGCUGCUGGUUGGACAGUUGAAUACAGGCCGCGAAAAGAGAGGGCAUACAACGCUGCAGUUUAUGUGAAUCCUGAGGGAAAGACUCACUGGUCAGUGACCAAAGCUUAUGAAGUCUAUAAAACAAAUCUGGAACGCAGCAUGACGGAUCAAGUAGACUCUGGUCUUGGCUUGCUGCCAGAAGAGGACCUUCAUCUUUUAAGGAGAAAAGUUCACAAGAAACGGAGCGAUACAGGUAAGCCAAGGAAGGACACAGAUACUACUAAUGAAGAUACGGUGGUUUCGAGAAAGGGAGUAGGAGAAAAAGCGCAGAAGAAACGAAAAGUGUCGCACAAAUUUGAAAGAAGUUCGGUUUCAGUCCGGAAAAUAAAGAGGGAAGAAAAACAUAAUAGAAAGCGUGGUGCUUUGUCGGCUCGCAGUUCUUUGUCGGAUGCGGAUUCCAACGAGAAUGGGUACAUUUUGUUUGAAGGAAAACGCACCAUGCUGGGAUGGAUGAUUGAUUCAGCCAUUGUGCCACUUAACGGGAAAGUUGAGUGCAAAAACACACAAGGAAUAAUCACCAAAGAAGGCAUUCGUUGCACCUGCUGUGACGAAUUAUUCUCUGUUCUCGAUUUCGAGGUUCAUUCUGGAGGGAACCCAUUCAAAAGUCUGUAUGUAGAGGGGGGGAACUCUAUCUUGCAAUGCUUUCUUGAGUCUUGGAAUAAACAAAGCGAAGCAGUGCUUAAAGGGUUCCAUGUUGUGGAUUUUGGUAGUGGAGAUCAAAAUGAUGAUACAUGUGCUAUAUGCGGGGAUGGGGGAGAUCUUACCUGCUGUGAUGGUUGCCCUUCAACUUUCCAUCAGAGCUGCCUCGGCAUUAAAAAGUUCCCAGCUGGUUCCUGGUUUUGUUGCAACUGCUCAUGCAAAUUUUGCGAGAAAGUGGAGGCAGCUAAUCAUGGCACUACUACAACUCUUUCCCCCUUGUUGAGGUGCCACCUAUGUGAAGAAAAAUAUCACCAAGCAUGCAUCAAGCAAGAUGGCACUGUACCUGUUGAAAGUAGUACUCUUCCAUUUUGUGGAAAGUAUUGUCAAGAGUUAUUCGACGGACUACAGUUACUCAUUGGAGUAAAACAUUCAUUGCCUGAGGGCUUCUCCUGGACAUUCCUUCGCCGAUUUGAGGUCCCUCGUGAGGUUUCCGAUAGUGACAUAUCUGAGAAGAUUGCAUAUAAUGCCAAACUGGCUGUUGCAUUUUCUGUUAUGGAUGAGUGUUUUUCACCUUUAGUUGAUCACAGGAGUGGUGUCAACCUGCUUGAAAACAUCGUCUACAAUUUUGGGUCGAACUUCCAUCGGCUAAAUUACAGCAAUUUUCUAACAGCUGUUUUGGAGAGGGGUGAUGAAAUCAUUGCUGUGGCAUCUAUCAGGAUCCACGGCAAUCAACUGGCAGAAAUGCCGUUUAUAGGAACCCGCUACAUGUACAGGCGUCAAGGGAUGUGUCGUCGACUAAUGAACGGCAUUGAAUCUGCGCUUGGCUCUCUCAAAGUAGACAAAUUAGUCAUACCAGCAGUGCCAGAACUAAUGGAUACAUGGACUUCAGGCUUUGGCUUCACGCCUGUUAGUGAAUCAGCCAGAAAAACAAUCAAGAAUUUGAACUUGGUGGUGUUCCCUGGUGUUGACAUGCUGGAGAAAUCAUUGGCUAAGGACGACGGUGAACUGCUGUUGGCAGCUGAGUUGAGUCUGCCUGUAGAUGUUGAGGAAACCAAACCUGAGGAGUGUAAAGACGAGCUAAAUUGUGGAACUGCUGAUGCCGAAUCUCCUUCUUACCAAGUUGAUAGCUGCUUGAAGUCGAUGGAUGUAGUCAAGGGAGUUAAUGAUACAGACUUGAAUCUGAAGUUGCUUAGCGGGUCCUUGGAGGAGAAAGAAGAGAUUGGGACUGGGAAACUGACAGAUAAAGAGGUCGAUUUUCUUCAUCUUGUAGUUGAUAACCAAAGAGAAUCUAACUCGGGAGUUAAGGAUGAUUCUCAUGAGGAUCAAACUGAUGCAAAAAGACAGCAAAGUGGUGAUUUAAAAAGCUCUGGAGUUAAAGCUGAGGGUACAGAGGAGCUAGAUGAAGAAUCUGAUUGUUACAUAAUAGAAAAUUCUCAGCCUCAUGGUAAUGGUGAUACAGAGAAAAAGAUUGGCAACAAAGCUUUAUCGCUGAGGAAAGGAGUGGCUUCCAGAUUGAGAGUAUCACCCCGACUGAUUCAAGGAUCAUGGGGAACGUCGAGGGUGAACAAAAGGUACACAGGUACCAAUGCCGUGUUGAUCGGCUCUUCACAUGGCAGGUGUGUUUGAGGUGCAUUGCAGCUUUUGUUUGUAUGUGCAUAUGACCAGAACUAACGCACUUUUGUCUAUUUUCAUGACAAACGAUAACGCGCAGGUGAAAGAAAAGUAGUUAGACUAUUAUUCUAAUUGCAUUGCUUUAGUAGCUUUUUUAUAACUCAGAGCCAUAGGUCAAGUAAAACCUUGCACUGCUCAGUGCUUAUUAGAUUUUUUCUAAUAAUUUUAGGCAGCAGGCCAAUUUAUUUAUUUCAUGGGCAUUUUGUAAUAUCAAACAUUGAGCUGCUUCUUCAUCUUAUUUAUCUAAUGUGGAAACAUCUUCUGGCUUGUA